AACUUUCUUGUUUUCAUGUCAGUUUUGUGUUGUGCGUAGUUGUGGUUCAGUUUCUGAUGGCUUGAUUAAUUUGAUUAUCAUUUUAUUUUUCUAUUCCAAUCACAUAUUUUGGUUCGAGCUUGACUAGAAAUGGCUUUGCUACCACCUGACCCGGUUUACACCAUUCGCAACGUCGACAAUUCGCCUGUGUACUCGUUGGCGUUCAGCUUUCUUCCCGGCGGUCUCGAGAGGCUACUAGCCGGGUCGAAAAAUGGAUAUGUUUAUGCAUACAACCUUCAGACUAACCGGGUCCAGCAAAAAAUCAAAGUCGGUCAAGCUCCCAUCCUCCAUCUCAUUCACACAGAAAGCCAAAUGAUAACCCAAGAAAAGGGUGGCAUUUAUAAAAUAUUCAACCUCACCAACGCAGGCUAUAAAGAAGGGCACACCAUCAACACCGAUUAUCCAGGAUUCUGCCGCUUUGACGCCAACACAAAACUCGAAGCACUCUACGUACCUGACAGGGAAUCCAAAAUAUGCAUUUACAACUUCAACGCUGAAAAGAUCGGGUCUCUACAACCAGAUAGCGACUUACCAAAACUUGGUGAUCCGAUGUGUUUGAAGUAUAUUGAAUUUCCGAACGACAGACCCUGCUUAUUGGUGGGUUACGAAGCAGGAUGGCUCAUACUGUGGGAUCUCAACACUAGUCAAUACAUAAGCAAGCUACAGACGAAGGAAUGUCCAAUGUCAGUGGAUUUCCAUCUCGAACAACAGAGAGGCAUUAUCGGCAAUGUCUCUGAUGUGAUACAGAUAUUUAAUAUAGGGAAAAAGGAUUUCUCGCUGACCCAUAAGUUGGAUAUAAAUAUCAAGAAUCCUGGCAUAAAUAAAGUUAAUACUAGAAACGACGGACGAGUAUUUGCAUCCGCUGGUUGGGACGGGCAUAUCCGUAUCUUCUCUUGGUUUUCGCUGCGGCCUUUGGUAGUCUUAACUGAACAUAGACAGGCUGUACAAGAAGUUGUCUAUUCUACGCAGAAAGUCUCAUAUUGGAACGCUAAUAUUUUGGCAGCUGGAGGUCUAGACGGUGCGAUUACUCUCUGGGAUUUGUAUAACAACAAGAAAUAAUUCUUGUCCCGCUAAGCCAUCGUAUUGUUUCUACUUAUAAGCAAAAAUAUUGUAGAAUACAUAACUAACAUGGUCAGAAGCUAUAACAUAACCUCGACAUCACAUAGGAUCUCUAUAUUUUGUCAAACACUUAAGUUUGGCAUUGCAGCAGCUAAAAAGUAAAAACCAUUCCAGCAAGAUGGAAAUUCUGAGCCAAAAUGCGAUUUAUCGUUGACUAAAGCAUUUGAAGUCAGAUCACUGUAAUUUUUAUCAGUUUGUAUUAUUUUUGCAAUAAGCGUGGAUGUUACUAGGUAAUAUAGGCAGAUUGUGAAGGCCUUUAUUAAGAACUCUUACUAAUCGUGUUGAUAAUAUUAAUUAUUGGUGCCCUGCUUUAAUUUGUAAACUGUCUUUUAAGCAAAAGACCUGCAUAUCUCAUAUUUUUAUAAUUUUCUCAUGCAAUUUUAUGUCAAUUUUGAUCAUAAUUUUAUUAUUGGACUUGAAUUUAUCUUCUAAUAUUCCAUAGUCAAGCUAAGAAGGUUUUUGUUAGGCUGGUAAUAGGUUACUGGAGAACAAUUCUUUUGUUAAACCUAGGUUUGUUAAUUGAGAGACAAGACAGAGUGCAACACAACACAUAUUUUUCUUAAAUGUUGCAAAGUAAUAAACUUAUUCUCAGUUUUAGUUAAUUGUUGAAUUAUUUAUUGUUAAUUGUAUAAGAACUUUCAAUGUUUGUCAAGUAUUUUCCUAACUGUCCUUUGGGCAAAUUUUCUGAGCUUGACUUGGAAUUAAAUAAUUUUAUUUAAUAUUGUUGUAAUGCCAAUAUUGCCUUUAAUUGAGAAAUGCUUUAAUUAUUUGUGGUUAUAUGGAUUGCAAGCUCAGACUGUCAAUAUAUAUUGCCGAUUGCGAUAUUCACAGUUUUUGUUUGAGCAAGAUUUGUGAGAAUCAGGAUAAAAAAAUUGCUAAUAAUAUGUUCAGCGUAUAGUAUGUAGUUCAGAAUACGAGCUAUCCCAGUGUUUUUUAUCAACAUCGGUAAAUUAGUUUAGCUGUAGAAAUCGCAACUUGUGUGCGUGGAUUUAGAUUUAUUUUAAAUCCCGUGGGAACCUUCUGUGAAAAAAAAUUCUGUGUCUCCAGGAUGCAAGCUACCUUUUUACCAAUAUUCAGCAGUUGAAAGAAUUAUCUGUUUUUUUAAUUCUAAGUUUUAAAGCGGCUUUGACAGAUCUAUAUAUUUGACAUUGCUCAGAUUUAAGACGGAUAAGUCUGUCAAUCUCAGGUAUUUAUUAAGACAGGUAUUAGAAAUUUGUAUCGCAAUAUUUAUUGACUGUCUGUCCCUUGCCAACGGUGCCGGAAUGCCGAUUGGAUCUCAUAAUAUGUACAAAAUAGGUAAAAAAUGAAAUAAAACCACAUAUCCACAGUUGUGGCCAAGCUUUUAGAAGCUAAGAAUAAUUGUUGAACGAUACAGCGACGACUAUAAUUAUGUAAAAAUGAUUUAUAUAGCAAUGUUUUUGAAGACAAUUAAAAGCCUAUGAACUAUG